AUGGAGAAUUCACCUCUUCCGUACUUUUCUGAGGCUCAAAUAGAGGCCAUGGUACCUGCUGCGUCAAAGAAGGAUGACGAUGACGAAGGCCCAUAUACAGCCUGGAGGCGAGCCUACACUGGCAUUCAUUUCUAUCGCUGGUUUUUGAACCCCGAGAAAGAAACUCUCCGUAUGAUUGGAUAUGUAUUUUGGGACCUAGACAGAAUCGAGAUUUGGGAUCUGAAGGCUCUUUGUGCCUGGUUGAAGGACGUUAGUCCUGUAUCUCGUCACUUUCGGGAGUUACAGGAGAUGACUUCACUUUCGUUGCCGAAAAUGGUGCCGAGAUGGGCACGAGUAUUGAAGGUACGAAGAUCAAAAUGA